GGCCCGGGGUCGCUGGUCACGCGUCGGGGCGCGGCCUGCUCCGGGUGGAGAUGGUCUCUGCUGCAGCUGCUGCUGCUACUGGAGUCCCUCAGAGCGGCGCUUGCAGCUGGGAAGAUGUUGGGCCAAAGUCUCCUCAUCUGGGUCCUGGCCGCGGCUGUCACCUGCGCCCAGGCACAGCAAGUGCCACCGUGGACAGAAGACUGCAGAAAAUCAACUUAUCCUCCUUCUGGACCAACCUAUAGAGGACCAGUUCCGUGGUACACCAUAAAUCUUGAUUUACCACCCUACAAAAGAUGGCAUGAAUUAUUGGCUCAAAAGGCACCAGUGUUGAGGAUUUUAAUGAAUUCCCUAACGAACUUAGUGAAUGCAUUUGUGCCAAGUGGAAAAAUAAUGCAGAUCGUGGAUCAGAAGUUGCCUGGUCUGAUUGGCAGCCUUCCUGGCCCUUUUGGAGAGGAAAUGAGGGGAAUUGCAGAUGUUACUGGGAUUCCUCUAGGAGAGAUUAUUUCAUUCAACAUUUUCUAUGAAUUUUUUACCAUGUGUACAUCAAUCAUAACUGAAGAUGAGAAAGGUCAUUUACUACAUGGAAGAAACAUGGAUUUUGGAAUAUUUCUUGGGUGGAAUAUAAAUAAUAACACUUGGGUUGUCACAGAACAGUUAAAGCCCUUAACAGUGAAUUUGGACUUCCAAAGAAACAAUAAGACUGUUUUCAAGGCUACAAGUUUUGCUGGAUAUGUGGGCAUGUUGACAGGAAUCAAACCAGGACUGUUUAGUCUUACACUUAAUGAACGUUUCAGUAUAAAUGGUGGUUAUCUAGGUGUCCUAGAAUGGAUGUUCGGAAAGAAAAAUGCCCAAUGGGUAGGGUUUAUCACUAGAUCAGUUCUGGAAAACAGUACAAGUUAUGAAGAAGCCAAGAACACACUGACCAAGAACAAGAUAAUGGCCCCAGCAUAUUUUAUCCUGGGAGGCAACCGGUCCGGAGAGGGCUGUGUGAUUACACGAGACAGAAAAGAGGCUUUGGAUGUCUAUGAACUUGAUCCUAAGCAUGGCAGAUGGUAUGUGGUACAAACCAAUUAUGACCGGUGGAAAAACACCUUGUUUCUUGAUGACCGCAGAACACCAGCAAAGAAGUGUCUAAAUCGUACGACACAGAAGAAUCUCUCAUUUGCUACCAUCUAUGAUAUCCUAUCAACAAAACCUGUCCUCAACAAGCUGACUGUAUUCACAACCUUGAUGGAUGUUACCAAAGAUCAAUUUGAAAGUCACCUUCGAGAUUGCCCAGACCCUUGUAUAGGCUGGUGAGCACACAUCAGCCAGCCUAUAGGACAUCCUGAGACCUGAAGAUGUGUUCUGUGGCGUGCCUGCUCUCCUUCCACAGGCUAAGGCUCAAGGCCUCUUGUCUUUAGUCAGGACUGUCCUCACAUGUUUCUGUUGUUUACAGACUGUUUUGUUUUUUGUUUGUUCUGAUCAUCAUCACCAUCACUUUGACUCACAGGUAAACUCUGUAAGGGAUGCCAUGUAGAAACUGCCAGUUCAUUUCACUUAGACACUGGAAAGGGGUAACCAAGACCUCUAUGGAACCCGUCCAGGUUCUCUGAUGUCUAAUCCAGUGCCCUGUGUGUAAUGUCAAAGUCAUUCACCUUUUCUUUUUUAUCUACAUAUUUAUGUUUUUCUGUAUACCAGUAGUUUUCUUUUUUCCUGGUUCUCUCUUAGAACCAACAUGUCAUUCACCUUUGCUGUUAGUGACAGCAGUGCAAUGUCACCGUGCUUGGCUAGAGUUCCUCAGAUGGAUAUUUGAUACUUAUUUUAAUGGCAAUCAAUAGACCUCUGACUCUGGAAACAGUAUUUUGGAGGAUUAUAAAAUAAUUAUUAUACAAACAGUAUUUAAAAAAAAAAUAAGUGAUCUCUUUUUCCUGAUUAUUCUGCCUGCCAGUAACUCCAGGAAGUUUCUAGCUUCAAACACUUGAGUUCAAGAACUUAGCACAAACUCAUGAUUUUAAAUUCUUAUAUGUAUAAUCAAUGUAAUUUUUUCCUUCUAAUCAUAUUUUUUUAGAUUUUCAUACAAUAUAGUAUUAACAAUAUUUUUCAGAAAUCAAUGUAUUUAUGAAAAAUGCGACCAGAGCUUGUUCAUUUUUCUAACCUUCACAAUUGACAGUGAAAUGUAUUUUGUGAAAGACUAUCCAACUAGUUUUGGACAGUCUCAGCUGUGUUGUGAUGUUCAAUAAACAGUCACCGUGAGCCAUGUCAACAGUCA